CACCUUUUUGGAUGUCCAUCGCACUCUCGGACUUGAGUGAUGGAGCGCAACUGCAUGUGCAAGCAAUUCGCCCCAUUAUAGUUUUUCGGGGUGUUAAUCACAACUUUCUAAUUUCCCCCUUCCAUGUGACCCAUGUGAGCAUGUAUCUUCACUUUCCAGGUUCCUUUCAUGGUUGUGGAACGCUCAUGUUCGCGCGUUUCUCCUGCGUCGGAACCCGCACGAAACUCCGAGGAUGAACGUGCUCUCUCUGUCCUUCGGCUUCUGUGCGCUUGUGUGCAUGCACUUGGUAUCGCAUUCGCUUAGUCUCGAGCCCAGACCGAGGCUAACGUCCUUGGCAGUGCCAAGCGGUGCCAAAAUCUCGCGCAUACACACGGCCGGAGCGACGCAAACACACCGCGCAGCGCACGCGCCCUCGGGACUGAGCGCACGCGCCAGCGGAGCAAAAGCCGUCCUCGCGACCCCUCAUAUCGCAAAAAGGAGCGAGAAAGUAAAGGACAAAGCGGAGGAGAGACAGACACCGAGACUACCGGCUGUCACACCUCAUGAUUACAUGCUGUCUCUUUACUGGUCCCUGUCCACUGGGCAGAUGAACCGGAGCGCGAUGCACGAGGCAGGCAUGGCUAACACCAUUACGAGCUUUGUGGACAAAGGGCAAGAUGAUCAUGUGCCCCUGUUAAGGCACCAGAGGUAUUACUUUAACAUCAGCUCCCUGGAGAAGGAGGGACUGCUGGGAGCUGAAUUACGCAUUCUCCGAAAGCCCUUUACUGAUCCUCUUAGAAUCCCUGCCACUGAGGGCAAAACCUCUCUUCGACUUUACACAUGUGCCACAAGUAAGCAAAGGGCUAUGCUGCUCCAGACGCAGCCUAUAGAGGAUCGCAGCAUCCCAAAAUGGGAGGUGUUUGACAUUUGGAAACUAUUGAAGAGUUUUAGAAACGCUGUUCAGCUUUGUUUUGAGUUGGAGGCAUUGGAUCGGGGCCGCCCUUUGGACCUCAGGUCACUUGGCCUGGAUCGAUCAGGCCGGCAAAACAAGGAGAAGGCCUUCUUUGUAGUGUUUAGCCGCACAAAGAAGCACGGUCUCUUUUACAACGAGAUCAAAGCACGCUCAGGCCAUGACAACAAAACUGUCUAUGAGUACCUUUUUACGCAGCGCAGGAUGCGCAGGGCACCACUACUACGUCCCAAGAAACCCAACAAAAAUCCAAAGACAAGGUGCAACCGCAAGCAGCUGCAUGUUAACUUUAAGGAAAUGGGCUGGGACGACUGGAUCAUCGCACCAUUAGAGUAUGAGGCCUUCCACUGUAACGGAAUCUGUGAUUUUCCUAUCCGCUCACAUCUCGAGCCCACCAAUCAUGCCAUUAUCCAGACACUCAUGAACUCCAUGGAUGCUAACUUGACCCCACCCACCUGUUGUGUACCCACCAGACUUAGUCCUAUCAGUAUACUCUACAUUGACUCAGCUAAUAAUGUUGUGUAUAAGCAAUAUGAGGACAUGGUGGUAGAGAGCUGUGGCUGCAGAUAGCUAAAAGUACAAGAAGAGAAAGAAGAGAAAAUAUCCUAAAGCAAGACAUAUUGUUAUUUCAUUACGUGGCAUUAGGAUCCUCUCUAAUGCACAUCUGACUACCACUAGACUUGAGCUUAAGCAUAUUAUUCAGCACACUGGAAUAGUUUGGAAUAGAUACAUGUGUGGUACACUCUCUUAUUUGUCAAUCUAUCAAAGUACACUAAGUUAAAUACUAAAGUACACAUGUGAAGAAUGGUGUGUUUAUUUC